GGGGGGGGGGGGGGGUUAGGUGUGCACGCACGCACAACGAUGCAAGCUGCCGGCUGCAUUUACUACAUCAGAUCUGGCUCUCGAUGAUUGCUUUACACUGAGGGGUCUGGCUUGAAUAGACACGCAUGCGUUCAGCUACCGGCGUUAGGCGAGGCUGCAGUUUUUUUUUAAUUUUUCUCUGUCUUAAUCAGGUCGGGAGCAGAGAAGGGGGGGAGAGAUGAGAAAAAAGCCAGGUAUGGUGGAAAUCUAGCCCACAACAGAGCAAGGGAGAGAUUUGCUUCAUCAGAGAGAGAGAGAGAUACAGUGCUCGGUGCAAAUCGGAGAGGGCGAGGAAAUGGUCAUUCAUUUCCAUUUGCAAAUGUCGAGGCUGGUGUGUGACGGGUUUUAAAUACAAUUGGAUCCGGGCGGUCAGCCACACUUAAGGUGGUUGGGGAGGAGGAGGAGGAGGGGGGGAAGUGAAGAAGCACAAUCGUUCAGGAAGGAGUGAUGCUCAGAGAAGGGGAGAGAGGGGUAGCUGGUGUGUUUUUGCAAGGGACUGGAGGAGGAGUGCGGCGGGGAUGGAGACGGUGAAUGGGAGCCCUGAGAUCAGGCAGCAGCAGCAGCAGUACGUGGAGAGAAAGCGGCUGAACAGAGCUCCGUCCCCGGCCAGACCCCUCAAGGAUCUUCACUGCCGAGCGUCUGCUGCCAAGCUCUGCCUGCCCCCCAAACCCGGAGGGUUGGUGCUGCCUUCCUCGCCCACCCUCCCUCUCUCCAAGCCCCAGCUGCAGCCCACACACCAGCAGCAGCAGCAGCAGCUCCCGGGUCUGCUGCUGCCGCCCGCUCAGAGCCGCCUCUCCAGGAGGAGCGGGGUCCUGGGGGCGAAGGACAAAGCCUCGGCCGGGGGCAAAGCGGCCAAGUCUCCCUCGCUGUCCGCCCCCCACCCGGCCAAGAGGGUUUCCAGCUCCAAGGGGCACCCGGACAAGGGCAGGCAUCACCAUCACCAGCAGCAGCAGCAGGGAGGAGGGCAGCAGCAGCAGCAGCUCAGAAAAGCCAAGAAAUGCCUCCUGAUCGAGCCCAGCCCCGGGCUGUCAGCAGCAACAGCCCAGGCUCCAUCCCCCUCUCCUCUGGCCAAGACCAGCCACACCGACAGCAGCUCAGACCUGUCCGACUGCGCUUCCGAGCCCCUCUCCGACGAGCAGCGCCCGCAAGCCGGGGAAAUGACCACCACCAGCGACGCCGAGUCGGGCACCGGCUCCAGCGACGCGGAGAGCGGCAGGAGGUGCCGAGAGAGCCGGCAGCAGCAGCAGCAGCAGCAGGAGGCCGGGGCGCCCCUCGCUCCAGAGCAGCAGCAGCGCCGGUCCCCGGGUAAAGGCAGCCACCUUACCGAUGGGGAACACGGACCCAAGGCCGGCAAAGCCAGGCAGGAGUCGAGGGCCGGCAACGCCUGCAGCCCGGCCACCGAGACUGUGGAAGGCGGUGGGAGGUCUCAGCACCAGGAGCUGCUCAGAGAGAUCGAGGAACUCCGCUCGGAAAACGACUAUCUUAAGGAUGAGCUGGAUGAGCUACGGUCGGAAAUGGAAGAAAUGCGGGACAGCUAUCUGGAGGAGGAUGUAUACCAGCUGCAGGAACUCCGCAGAGAGUUGGAUCGAGCCAACAAGAACUGCCGCAUCCUGCAGUACCGCCUCAGGAAAGCAGAGCAGAAAAGCCUGAAAGUUGCUCAGACUGGCCAGGUUGAUGGUGAGCUGAUAAGGAACUUGGAACAAGAUCUGAAGGUUGCCAAAGAUGUGUCUGUGCGUCUACACCAUGAACUGGAGACUGUGGAGGAGAAGCGUGUCACUGUGGAAGAUGAGAACGAGUCCCUGCGGCAGAGACUAAUUGAAGUGGAAAUCUCCAAGCAAACGCUGCAGAAUGAGCUGGACAGGAUCAAAGAGAGCUCCUUGAAGAGAAGAGGAAGCCGAGAGUUUUAUAAAGAUAAGAAAAGUGCCACGCAGGAAGAUAGUGCUGACCUCAGGUGCCAGCUCCAGUUUGCGAAGGAGGAAGGCUCUUUGAUGCGCAAGAAGAUGGCAAAGUUGGGCAGGGAGAAGGACGAGUUGGAACAUGAACUGCAGAAGUACAAGUCCCUGUACGGGGAUGUGGACAGUCCCCUCCCCACCGGUGAGGCUGGAGGGCCGCCCAGCACCAGAGAGGCUGAGCUGAAGCUGCGGCUCAAGCUGGUGGAGGAAGAGGCCAACAUCCUGGGCAGGAAGAUCGUGGAGCUGGAGGUGGAGAACAGAGGCCUCAAAGCCGAGAUGGAUGACAUGAAGUGCCAGCAUGACAGGGAGUGCCUGGGCCGGGAACACGUGCCGAGCAUUCCCACCUCGCCGCACGGUGACUCGCUGGACUCGGCGGCUGAACUCCGGAGGCACCUACAGUUCGUGGAGGAGGAGGCGGAGCUCCUGCGCCGCUCCAUCAGCGAGAUAGAAGACCACAACCGGCAACUCACCCACGAGAUCAGCGUGCUGAGGCGUGGCCCAGGCCCAGGCCAGGAGCCUGCAUGGCUGGAGGAGAAGGCAGGCAUCUCCCUUCAGGAGGAGCUGAAAGCGGCCCGGCUCCAGGUCAACGAACUGAGCGGCAAGGUGAUGAAGCUGCAGUACGAGAAUCGGGUGCUCAUCUCCAACGUGCAGCGCUACGACCUGGCGUCACACCUCGGCCUCCGUACGGCCAGCCCCAGGGACAGCGAUGCCGACAGUGACCCGGGCAAGAAGGAAAGCGAUGGUGAGGAGAGCCACGCUCCGCCCCAGCCAAAAAGGGAGGGCCCCAUCGGCGGCGAGAGCGACUCCGAAGAGGUAUGCGAGAAAUCGCCUGGCAAGCCACCGGACGCAGUCGACAUCUGCGCCUUGGAGUUGCUGAGGAAGAGGGAAGACACCGAGUCUCUCAUCAGCAUCAAACGGGAGGCCGAACGUCUGGGCAGGACGGUCGAUCGCCUGAUCACAGACACCGAUAGUCUCAUCUACGAUGCCAAGCUGCUGGUGACCAGUGCUGCCUCAGACCAAGGCUUCAGUGAAGACGGGGAGAGAAGCAGCAGCAGCAGCAGCAGGAACCAGCCUGAGCUUCUGGACACCAUCAACACCAGGAUGAAGGCGUUCCGAUCUGAGCUGCACACCUUCAUGGAGAAGGUUGACCAUCUCGGGGAAGGGCUGAGGGAGCAAAUGGACGACCUGUCACCCUUGCCACAUCUGACAGAGUCUGGAAGCUUCCUGUCAUCUGUGACUUCCAUGUCUCGCGACUCUCCUGUUGGAACUCUGGGGAAGGAGCUCAUCACUGACUUCCAGUCCAAACUGAGGGACCAGCCUGAUUGGCAGCUAGUCCCCAGUCUUAGAGAAGAGCAAGAAACCCUUCAGAGCCGAGGCACUAUGGACCAAAUCCGCAAAGCUGAUGGAGACUACAAAAUAUACAGGACAGAAGAUGAGAGCUGCUUCAGUACAGAGCUCAGGGAAUCCCAUGUUUUACCAGACCAGGAUCUAUCUGUUCAGGAACUGCAAGUUCGUCUGGAACAGGAAAGGCAGCUUCGGGAGGGCGAAAAUGAAAAAUUCACCAGCAAGAUCAUUCAGAUUGAAGAAGAAAACCAGAAGAACUUGCGCAGGAAAGACUUUGAAGUGCAGAGCCUGAGCUUGCAGAACAGGCUGGAGCAGAAGUCAUGGAGUCAUGAGAGGGCCCUGCUACUGCAGGAGAUGAGAAUGUUCAAGGACAGCACUUACCUGUUCUAUGUCAAACUGAAAUGGCUGCUCAAACACUGGAGGCAAGGCAAGAAGGUGGAGUACAGUGAAGAGGACAUCUUGGAGUUUGAACAGAUUGAAAACCUGCCUGAACUGAACCUGCUCCUUGAGCCAAAAGAGCUGGAUGCUGAUCAGGAGGACAGUGGGUGUGUGCUGUCUGAAUACUCCCAGCUUUCCUGCGCUGAGACAGAAGAUCACAGACCGCAGCUACAAACAAAGGAGUUACUCCAACACCAGAAGCAGGCCAGAGAAAACCGAAGGAUUCUGAUUGCACUGAAGUCUGUUUUGGAAGAGUUUGGUGCUGAGCUUGGUGAUGAGGAGCAGCGUCGCAAUGAAUUACAGCAGCAGUAUGCUAAUGAGAAAGCUGCUUGGGAAAUGGAGUACGCCGAGCAAAAGUGUCAACUCGCCCAGUUUGAAGAGAGGGUUGGAAAGCAGAGCACCAACAAGGGUUCCUUCGAUCCCAAAGAAAUGUUCAAGCGGGAGAGGGAGGAGCACCGGAAACUAUUGGCCGACAGUCACAGUCAGCUGAUGGAUCUUCACUGGCAGCUCCAACAGUCAGAAAAGAACUGGAAGCACGAAAAGGUGGAGCUGCUGGACAGGUUUGACCGGGAGCGACGAGAGUGGGAAUGGCAGAUGAAGGAGCUACAGAGCAAACUGGAGCAGGCUCUGAGUGAGAUUUGUGAGACCAAGGAGACGGCAGAAUUCCAAGAGAAAGAAACGCGGAAAGUGAAUCUUCAGAGGGCAAAGUCGGUUUCCUCCAUGUCAGAAUUUCAACGUUUGAUGGACAGUUCCCCUUUCCUCCCUGGUGGUCCUCAGCUACAGGUAGGCCUCACCAAGGAUGAGACUACCCCACCGCUGUCUCCAGAUGACCUGAAGUACAUUGAAGAGUUCAACAGAAAAAACUGGGAGUACACUAACAGGGAUAAUCCAACAGAAGCCUGGAUAGAAAAGACUGAAAGUGAUAAAAUAGUUAGCAGUUUAGCCUCAGAGCCCUUCCAGUCUGCCUCGUGGUACCUCACAACUAGUGCCACAAUGACAACAAACACAACAAGCAGCCAAGAUUACACUCAAAAACAGCUUCAGCGGAGUAGCAUGAACCCAGAUAAAUUGGGAACGCGACUUUAUCACAGCCCACCUCUGAUUUGUCGGUUUGAUGGGUCAGCACAUCCUAAAAAAGAUGGAACGAAAGUAGUUGAUUCGGAUUACGCAUUUUCUAAGAUCAAAGCGAAUGGCAAUGUCGUUGAGCCAAAGGCAGGUCCAGCAGAUGUCUUUGGAAGAUGGCCGUGUGACAUUGGCAAGCACCAUAAAGACCUGCUGGAGGGUGGGCUCCAUCCAAUGGAGCACCCAAUCUGCAGCACUGUUGGCUUCGCUUCAUCACUGCACGACUUGAAAAUUUCUGGCAACAUGAGUGAUGACAUGAAGGAAGUUGCUCAUUCAGUCAUGAGCCGAAUACGUUCUAACUCAAUAGAACCCCAGUUCAAAGACAUUGCGUGUCAGACUAAUGGCUUCACAAGUACGGGAACACAGACCACACGCACCAUCAGUGUAGGUCUACAGACGGACUGUCUUAGAGGCAUCAGCAGCAGUCCACACAAGUGUCUAACCCCAAAGGGAGGCUCAACUCCAGUGUCAUCGCCCUCACGGAGUUUGCGAAGCAAACAAGUGGCUCCUGGAGUUGAGAAAAUGCAGGCGAAAUUUGAACGCACAUGCUGCUCCCCAAAAUAUGGCUCACCCAAGCUGCAAAGAAAGAUUUCAGCAAAAUCCGAUCAGCCAAAAGAUCGGAUUUUGCCCAAUAACCAACAGAAGGGAUUUAAUGAGUCAGCCUGGGCCAGGUCGACCACCACACGAGACAGUCCAGUCCACACGACCAUUAAUGAUGGCCUUUCAAGUUUGUUCAAUAUAAUAGAUCACACACCUAUAGUUUGUGAUACAUCGCAGAGAUUGUCCAGGUCGAUAAGUAGGUCUAAGGCCACAGAGCCCAGGUCAAAUUAUGUGCUGGUUCAGGAGUUUUUGAAGAGUGUCCGUGGCAGAUCACCAAGCCCUGUCCACGUGACCAUAGAAUCCGAGAUGGAAGGAGAUGGCGAGGAUCUCAUUGCUAAGCAGGGAGUUCCCCUUUCUCCAGGAUACACACUUGCUGAAAGCCCUGCCAGGAUCUUAAACAAACACCCUUUUGAGCAGGCUCUUAACGAGGAACAAAAUCAAGCUAAGAACAAUCAGAAACCUGCCAAUGAUGAUACAAAGGCAGAUGAUCCAGAUGGAGCUUCCCCUGGUUCCCUUGAGGAGUUACCUCGGUCCUCAGUAGCACCACCACUAGAAUCCUGCUUCUCACGCCCUGCCAGGCCAGCUAAUCAACGUCCACCAUCACGAUGGGCUUCACGCUCCCCCUCCGCCUCCCGGUCUUCGUCCUCUGGGGAUUUAGCUUGUGCCGGGCAACCCAGAAGCAGUGACGCACAUGCAACAGAACCACUCCAACACACUGAGCCACACUGUGACACUGAGCACAAGACCGCAUGAGCCAUUGGCUCAGCAGCAAAACGCCAUCAAAAUUAAUCAUCACGGCAACCCUGCAAAGUGACCGAACCUGGUCAGCAGUUGAAGUUCUAAAGGAUUUAACAGGUCAAGAACGGAGGAAUAAAUGUUGUGUAUCAAAUCUAUAAAACAAUGGAAAUGUCUAUAUUGCAAACUGAAACCAGCCAGCACCUAUUGGCUCUAAAGGUAGAGAUUUCUUUGCCUGCAGGGCAAUGAUUUUAGGGAUCUCUGUUACUUUAGCCAUCAUGGUGAGUAGUCAGAGUUGUAUGAAAUGUAUGCAGUGAAGAUUCAGCAGGAUUUCUCCCUCCACCCUCCUAUUCUUUCUCGAUUUGGAAUAUUCAGUCAAGAUUUAUUUCUUCACUGCUGUUUACUAGAAGAGGCCAAGUUAAAAUUUUAAUCCAGGUGAUAUGUAUCCUAAUUGGUUUUCCUGACAGCUGGUGGUUAUAGCACUGUGCUCUUUACGGAAGUGAGGAAUGCAGGUUUAACACUUAGAGGGCUGCUUGCUAGUCAGAUCUGCAAUGUUUUGGCCUGUACUUUAGGACCAGAUGGCUAGCUACAGGAAGGGUGGGAGAGUGGGGAGAGAUGGUGACCCACAUGGUCAGCUCCAUCCAAAGUUACACCUUCUGUCAGCUGACCACUGAGCGGCCACGCGUAAAACGGUGGCUGUGGAGGUGUCUACAGCUUGAAGGUCACGUCAAGUAGGGGAAUUCUUUUCCAUCGAAAAAUUCCAACAAACACAAAAAAAAGGUCAGAAGCAUUAUCUACAAUAAAAUUUGUAACUAUGUCAACUGAGUCUUGUAAUUCAUUGCUUACAUUAGUGUCCAUACAGCGUGUUACCAUACAGCGUUGCACACCCCAGUAUGACGGUUAUAGUGUCCAGGUAUUUACCUGUUAAAAAGUACACCCUAUAUAACAGGAAGAAGAGAAAGGAAUCAGAAUCCUGAGAGGUUGAAGGGUUUGGAGCGGUCUCUCAGUAAUUUGGACUGGCUUCUUUUACAUUGCACUGUAUUGUUUUUCAUGUAAAAUAGUCCUAAUAUUAUUCUUUUAUAAAGCAUUAAUUUUAUUCUACAUUUGAUGCCAGUGAGACUUUGUAAAGUGCUUUAUAUUGAUUGGAGCAUUAGUUAUAUUAUUGCAGAGAGUCCACAGUGCACUCGACAAAAACGAGUUGCAUGGUACAUAUUUAGAGACAAGAGAAAGAAGCUAUAUCAAAUAGUUUUUUAUUUUCUUUUGCUAGAGCAAAAGGCAGAAAAAGAGGAGAGAUACGGACAGUCUUAAUAAAUUAGAUGUAUGAUGGUACAAUACUUGAUUUGCAUGCCAUUGGGUCCAUAGCACUUUAGUGCAUGUAUAUAGCUACUGUGCCCCGACAUCACUCAUAAAUAUGAGGAACAAAAAGACAAUGAAAUUGUGAGGUUAAACAUGUACUGUAUUUUAAUUAUUGGUGUUUCUUGCAUUAAAUAGGGAGAAAGCAUUUUUAACUAAAUUAUUGUAACAGUUCAACUGUCUGUGUACAGUAUUGAUAAUUUUUGGAAAAUAUUGAAAUAUUGUUCAGACUGAAUAUUGUCAUGGAUGUCUUUAGGGUUCACUGUAAGAGAUAAUGUACCCGUAAAAUAAAAUGUCCGAAUUUCCAACA